AACACUUUUGUGGGUAGCAGACAGAAGCACCAGUACUUUUUAUUAUCAAAUUUUUAAAAUAGAACUUACUUUAUUAAGCCAUCAUAGAACGCUUGACAUAAAUUUAUAGUACCAUAUUAAAUAAACCUAUAUAUUAAUCAUGGAGUACGAAGAUGAAUUACUAGUGUUUGGUGAUUUUAUAAAAGGAACUUGUGAAUUAAUGUGUCCUGUCAGUGAAAGAAAAAUGCGAGAGAGAGAAAAAUUGCUGCACCCAUUGGAAAGACAAACUCAACCAGUUUUACCAGGAGAAGCGGUUUCCGAACGUUCUCAUAGCUCAAAAGGGAAAAUAUACUUAAAUAGAAAUGAAAACUAUCGAGCUGAUCCUGACAAGAUUGUCAAAGCAUUUAGCCGUUCUGCUGCUGGACAUAAAAUGCCCUCUCCAUCAGAUUUGCGGCCAUUCCCUUCCUUGAUGAAAACUGUUUCAUACCUUAUUGAGAAAGUAGCUUCAUGCGAAAUAGAAGCAUCAGCAUGGGUUGACCGAUACAACUUUGUGACGGACCGCUUAAGGGCUGUCAGACAAGAUAUGGUCAUACAAGGGCUCCCAGCUGCUGAAUGUAUCAAGCUGUUGGUACCUAUGGUGAAGUUCCAUGUCUUUGCAGGAUAUUGGUUGUGUGGAAAGCCAAUUCAUUUAUAUGAUCCAAAAAUAAAUGGGUCAUUUCUUACAGAAUGUAUUAAAAGGCUUUUAGUAAUGUAUAAUGCUGUGAAAGGAAUGGAGCAUCCUGGGAGCAAGCCUAAGGGUGAGAAUACUUCAACACAGGAGACUGAACACUGUAAUAAUACAGAACAUUUGAUGAAUGCUCUGUACUUAAUUAUAGGCUUGGGUAACCCAGAGGUGUUAAACCAAGCCUCAGAAAAAUUAUUAUAUUUGAAGGAUUGUAAAUGUUGUGUCAUGCAUUUAGCAUUCCAAAUUUCUCUUGCCUCAUGGAGGGGAAAUUAUGUUAAAGUGUGUUCUUCCAUGAAAACACUGACCCCUCUCCUUUGCAUGGCAGCAGCACUUCAUCUGCCUUCUGUUCGCAGGCAUGCCUUGAUGGUGAUGACAACUGCAUACAGCAACAAAGUUUUAAAAUUUCCUGCAGCACUUCUGCAGCAACACUUGCUAUGGGAGGAUCGUCAUCAAGUUUAUAAAGAAUGUCAGCAUUAUGGCAUACCUGUGGAUAAAUCACAAAAUACAGAACCUAGUGUCCAUUUCCAAAAGGGGACUUUUGACCUGAAUGCCAAACAGAUCCAACCAUCCAGGCUGUUUUGGAUAGACAAUCAUUUAUCCAAUUCAACAGUAGCUGAAAUACUUCUUAACUAAAGUUGAAGGGAAAAAAACUGAUUUAUCAAGAGCUCUAACUUACAACUGUGCAAACAAUAUGAAAUAGGAAAAAAAAUGAACCAAGACAAGGACAAAUCUAUAAUAAAAAAUUAACUUUUGAUUAUUACAA